AUGAGAUUAAAGACCAAAGAAAGGUUUUCGGUAAACAAUAGAAAACUGUCGUUUGAUCUUGAUCAUAUUUCAACAAUAUCGGAUAGUGAUCAGGAAGUUCCAGACCUAGAUGAGAGUAGUGAGGAAGACAUUUCGGAUGGUAAAAAAAAAUCAAACUUGAAAAUCACUAAAAGCAGCAAAAGUGCUCAACUUCAGAAAAAUGACUUUAAUGGUAGCUUCGCUUUUUCUUUGCAUCAUAAUGAUGAAGAGGAUAAGAGCUUUGAUGGGUGGAAUUUUGAGGUGGAAGGGAAGCAAGGCUUUAUGAACAAAGAUGUAGAUCUUGAUAAAAUAAUCAAGAGAAAAGGAGGACUUUCUGGCAGCAUUUUGGAAUUCGAAAAAUGCAAUGAUCUUGAAAAACAAAAGGUGCAAGGAGAAAAUCAAAAUUCCGAUGAAGAGCUAGCUCUUGAUGGCUUUGGGAUGGGGGCUGCAAACAAUAAAGUCAAUGAACCUAGCUAUACUGGUAGUGAUGACGAUACGAAUACCUCAGCCAGUACUGACAACGAAUCGGACGCUACUUACAGGUUUGCGGAGAACUCAGAUACUCACUUGCAAAUACACACCGAUCUCAAGAAGAAGAUAGACGGUAAUGAGACAGUCAGCGAAGAUGCAGACUCUCCAGAUGCUAUAGCUAACUAUUUUGCUUCUGCUGAACAAUCGAAAGCUCACCAAUCUGAGCAUCAAAGUUUUCAAUCACUCAAGCUUUCGAGACCAAUUCUAAAGGCCUUAUCACAAUUAGGGUACAGUAAACCUUCUGCAAUUCAAAGUGCCUCAAUACCCAUUGCUUUGCUGGGUAAAGACAUCGUUGCAGGCGCAGUCACGGGAUCCGGUAAAACAGCGGCUUACAUGAUUCCCAUUAUCGAAAGAUUAUUAUACAAACCUUCAAAGACAGCUUCUACUAGGGUCAUCGUGUUAGCUCCUACAAGAGAACUUGCUAUUCAGGUGGCAGAUGUAGGUAAGAAAAUCGGUCAAUUUGUCAAUGGAUUGACAUUUGGUUUAGCUGUGGGUGGUCUGAAUUUAAGGCAACAGGAGCAAGAGCUGAAGAAGCGGCCAGAUGUCGUUAUUGCAACCCCAGGAAGGCUGAUUGACCAUAUUAGAAAUUCAGUUUCUUUCAAUGUUGAUUCUGUGGAAGUUUUAGUAUUUGAUGAAGCGGAUAGAAUGUUGGAAGAAGGGUUUCAGAAGGAACUCACAGAAAUACUUUCUCUUCUCCCUUUGAACCGUCAAACUAUGCUCUUCUCGGCGACAAUGAAUUCAAAAAUCAAAUCGCUCAUUCAGCUCUCCCUCAAAAAACCAGUUAGACUUAUGAUAGGAGCGCCAAAAGCGGCCGCGUCUGAAUUGGUUCAGGAGUUUGUGAGGAUCAGAAAACGUGAAACCUCAAAACCAGCAUUGCUGUUCAACAUUCUUUCUGAGAUGGAUGGUAUACACAGCAGAGUAAUUGUUUUCGUUUCAAGGAAAGAGAUGGCACAUAGGUUACGGAUUUCUUUAGGUCUUUUGGGUCUGAAGGUAUCUGAGCUACAUGGUUCAUUGACUCAAGAGCAAAGGUUGAAAGCCAUCGUUGACUUCAAAAACCUAACGGUUCCAAUACUUAUCUGUACUGAUCUUGCAGCAAGAGGCCUUGAUAUACCCAAAAUUGAGCUUGUCAUAAACUUUGAUAUGCCGAAGACAUAUGAAAUUUAUCUGCAUAGGGUUGGAAGAACUGCUAGAGCAGGGAGAGAAGGAUUGUCCAUAUCUUUCGUUGGCGAAAGUUCUCAGGACAGAAAUAUAGUGAAAGAAGCAAUCAAACAGGUUGAAGCUGAAAACGCCGGAAAAGCCAUUGGAAGAAACGUAGACUGGGAAAAGGUUGAGAAAGUUCAUCGCAUUUUGCAAGAAAAGGAAUCUAUUGUACUCGAUAUUUUGAAUGAAGAAAAGCAGGAAAAGGAGCUUCUCAAGGCCGAGCAGGAAAUCAAAAAAGGUGAAAAUAUGUUGAACUUCGAGCAGGAGAUCAAGUCAAGACCCAAACGAACGUGGUUUAUGACUUCACAUCAGAAGACAAAAGAAACGGACAAGCUGAAUUCGGAAAAUCAGAAAGACAAGAAAUUGCACAGCAAGAAGCGCAAAGCAUUAGAAGCUCAGGAGAAUUAUGAACGAGUCUAUAAGAAGACGAAAAAGGAUCGCUUACAAUCAAAAUCCUUGUCAAAAAGACCGAAAAGUAGAAGUGGUAAGUACUGA